AGCAACAAUUAAAAGUUAAAAACGAAGAUGCCUAGUUAAUUUUAAAACAUUAAAAUGAGAAAAUUUAUUGGAAAAUUCGUAAAAAUGGUAUUUUGAGUUUCAGAGAGAAUGGCCGGAACCUUGAAGGAGGAAAUGAAGAUUAAAGAAGAGAUUGAGGAAGAAAUCCUUCUAUCCUCUACUGUAGAGGAUACAUGUACUGUAAAGAAAACAUGUACCUUUAAGAAUUCAUGAAUUGUAAUGGAUACAUGUACUGUAGAUGAUACAUGUACUGUAGAGGAUACAUGUACUGUAAAGGAUGCAUGUACUGUAAAGGAUGCAUGUACUGUAGAGGAAACAUGUACAAAAGAAGAGACGUGUGUUGUGUAUAUAAAGGAAGAUGUUAAAUGUGAAAUAACUGAAACCCAAGGUGAAAUUGUAGUGAAUGAAGUGGAUCCUUUGGAACCUUCUGAAUUCUCUGAAUCAGUAAAAACAAAGAAAAUAAAACAAGAAGGAGCAACUGUGAAUUCAAAAGAUGGUUCUCUGCUAUCCCAGUUUCACAAAUCUAAGAAAAAGAAACUAGAGGGAAGAAGAUAUCCCUGUGAAGAGUGUGGGUGUGAUUACACUAGAUUGAGUGAUCUGAAAAGACAUGUUGAUAGUGCGCACAAGGGAGUAAAAUAUCCCUGUGAUAAAUGUGAAUAUGUUGCAACUAUGGUAAGUCAACUCAGAAAUCAUGUUAAAUGUAAACAUGAAGGAGUCAGAUAUCCGUGUGAUAAAUGUGAGCACGUUUCAACUACAGCUGGCAAUCUUCGAUUACAUAUUGAGAAUAAACAUGAAGGAGUCAGAUAUCCAUGUGAUAAAUGUGACUACACUGCAAUGGCAACAAGCACUCUUAAGAGACAUGUUGAGAACAAACAUGAAGGCAUAAGAUAUCCUUGUGAUAAAUGUGAGUACAUGGGAACUUUUGCAAGUGAUCUUAAAAGACAUAUUCAGAUUAAACACGAAGGAGUGAGGUUUCCAUGUGAUAAAUGUGAUUACACUACCACUUCAUUUUACGCUCUGGGUUUGCACAUGAAGGGCAAACAUGAAGGAGUGAGAUAUCCUUGUAAUGAAUGUGAGUAUGAGUCAACUAGAUUAAAUGAUCUCAAAAUACAUGUUGAUUCUAAGCAUAAGGGAAUAAGAUUUCCCUGUGAUGAAUGUGAGUACGUGGCGACUAGAGCUAGUCAUCUUAAUAGUCAUAAGAAGACUAAACAUGAGGGAGUGAGGUAUCCCUGUGAUAAAUGUGACUUUACUGCUAUCACCACUAGUGAUCUAAAAAGGCACAUAAGAACUGUCCAUGAAGGAGUGAGAUAUCCCUGCGACAAAUGUGAUUACACUACCACGACAAAAGGAGUUCUGAAGCGGCAUAUUGAGAGUAAACAUGAAGGAGUUAGAUAUCCCUGUGAUAAAUGUGAUCACACUGGAAUUACAUUAAGUGCUCUCAGAAAACAUAUCAAGAAUAAGCAUUAAGCACUGAGAUUUCUGUGUGAUCAAUGUGAAUUCGCUGGAACUACAUCUAGAUAUCUUAAAGUUCAUACUGAAACUAAACACGAUAAAGUGAAAUAUCCUUGUGUUUUAUGUGAUUACGAGUCUUUAAGAUUGACAGAUCUAAAAAUACACAUAAGAACUAAACAUGAAGGAGUUAAGUAUCAAUGCGAUCUAUGUGAUUACACUGCAACGAGGGAAGGUAAUCUAAGAAUACAUAUUAGAAGUAAACUUGAGGGAAUCCGAUAUCCAUGUGAUUAAUGUGAACACGCUGCAAACACCGUUGAUUCUUUCAGAAAACACGUUGAGAGCAAACGUGAAGGAGUGACCUAUCCUUGUGAUAAAUGUGAGCAUUCUGCAACUGCAGCUAGUAAUCUUUGAGUACAUAUUCAGAAUAAACUUGAAGGAGUAAGAUAUCAAUGUGAUUAAUGCGAGUAUUUAGCAUCUACAGCAAUUGCUCUUAGAAAGCACAUUGAGAGCAAACAUGAAGGAGUGAGAUUUCCUUGUAUUAUCUGUGGAUACGCGACAGUAUUACAAGUUACACUUAAAAAGCACAAAAGAAGAAAUCAUGAGAAGAGAAGGAAAUAAAUUGGAAACGUUUGCAUUAGUUUGUGACAGCGUAAUCAACUCCUAAUCGUAUGUACCGUGUAAGAUAUUCGUAAAACCACGAUCGAACUCUAUUAAUCAGAUACUUCGUACUUAAAAUUUUAAUGAGAAGAGAUUUAAAAAUUUGAAAGUAUUGAUUUAUUACACUCAUUUCCACAUCUGACAUGGUUGGUGGAUAUCCCUAAAACUCCAAUUUGAUUUGAAUACUUUCACAAUGCUUGUCAUUAAACGUGCUUAUUGUUUAUCAAGGUAAAUAUGUUAAUUUGUAAUGUGUCCCUUUUCUAAUCUUUGUAGUAAUGAAUUUGAAAAUAUAUCCCUUUGAAUUCUUCGAUUUAGUUCUUAUGAACAAAACUAUAACCGAUUAAACUUCAUUUUGUCCUACUUGUGUCAUAGACACUAAUUUGGUUCUUAAAGCUUGCAUUUAUUUAUUUGUUAAAUUGUAAUUAAGCGUUUCUUAUUGAUUAAAACAUUUCAG